UAUCUAUCACGAAAUACACGUGUUUUCUGUAUUUCUAAGGCGUCAAUCCUACUACUUAAUAUUAUGCAAAUAAUUGCAUGUUUUCCAAUUAAACAAAAAGAGUAAAAUUAACGGAUACCUAGGACUUAAAACUUUGAACAUAUCAAAAACAUAACAACAAUAAACAAACAGCUAAAAAUAGGUUGCACAUGGCUAUAAAAAUGGCGACUGUAGUUUUGGAUAACGGCGCCGGUUUAGCAAAAGUUGGAUAUUCUACAGACAAAAGCCCUAGACUUAUGCCAAAUUGUAUUACCAAGGCAAAGAGUGUGAGAACAAGAACCUUUAUAGGAGAUCAGAUAGAUGAUUGUAAAGAUUUGUCAGGGCUGUUUUAUUUGUUGCCAUUUCAAAAGGGUUAUUUAGUGAACUGGGAAACUCAGAGACAGAUAUGGGAUUACAUGUUUAAUAAAGAUGGUUUAAAGGUAGAUUUACAUGACAGUAAUAUAAUUGUAACAGAACCCUAUUUUAACUUCCACUCUGUUCAAGAGGCCAUGGAUGAAAUUUUCUUUGAAGAAUAUCAGUUUAACUCAGUCUUUAGAUGCAAUUCCUCAUUUUUAUCCCAGUACAAACACUGUAAAGAGAAGGAUCAGACACCAUUGUGUUCAAUAGUAUUAGAUGCAGGAUACUCAUUCACACAUAUUAUACCAUAUUGUAAGGGCAAGAAACUGGCAGAAUGUACAAAAAGGAUUGAUGUUGGUGGUAAAGUGAUGACCAACCAUUUGAAGGAAGUGAUCUCAUACAGACAGUUAAUGGUAAUGGAUGAAACAUAUGUUCUUAAUCAGUUAAAGGAAGAUGUCUGUUAUGUUUCUCAAGAUUUCAUGAAAGAUAUGGAGAUUGGAAGGAAGAAAGGAAAAGAGAAUACAAUAGCCAGAGACUAUGUUUUACCAGACUAUACACAUAUAAAGAGAGGUUAUGUCAAACCUUUAGAAGAGACAACUGGCAGAGCUAAAGAUGGAGAACAGAUUAUAAGAAUGAAUAAUGAAAGAUUCACCAUACCAGAACUCUUAUUUCACCCCUCAGAUGUUGGUAUCCAUGAAAUGGGCGUGGCUGAAGCUGUGGUCCAUACAAUUCAGUCUCUACCUGAAGAAAUGCAGCCUCAUAUGUACAAUAAUGUAAUACUGACAGGAGGUAACUGUAAGAUGCCAGGCUUUUACAGUAGAAUGGAGAGGGAAACCAGAAGUAUGACCCCUGAUGAGUAUGACCUUUGUAUGAAAAAACCUGAAAAUCCUAGUACAUAUGCAUGGGAAGGAGGAACCUUGUUGGCCAAAGAUCCACAGAUUAAAAAAAUGUCAGUCACCAGGGAGGAAUACGAAGAGAAUGGACAUAACAUUUGUUUUGAGAAGUUUGAUGUAUGAAAGAUAAAAACUCCCAUAAUCCGGAACAAGAUUUUUGUACAAUAUAUCUUACGAAGCCUGUUAUAGCAUGACAACA